CAACAGGCACGCUUCCAGUUUCUCUCUCUAAAAGUAAUCAGUAAUCAUCAUUCAUCACAUCUCUCUCUUCUCUCUCUAAAUCGGGUUCGGUGCUGCACGUUUACAUUCAUAACAUCCCUAAUUCACCGAAUUCCGAUCGGUCUUCCGAGACCGGCAACAACUUUCCUCUUUCAAUUUCCCAAUUCUAAGGAAACACUCUGUCUUCAAUUUUCUCGAGAAAAUUAUUUAGGGUUACGCAGGCACGCGCGCGCGCAAUCCUCUAGAGAGAGAGAGAGAGAGAAAUUCAAUAAUAUAGAAUGAGCUUUCAGGAUAUCGAGGCCGGCCGGCCGUUCGCUUCCCGCCGAGGCCAUAUCAACGGCAAGCAAGAUCCCACGCAGGCGGUGGCUGCCGGAAUUUUCCAGAUCAACACCGCGGUCUCCACCUUCCAGAGGCUUGUCAACACCCUAGGAACCCCCAAAGACACCCCCGAGCUCCGGGAGAAGCUGCACAAGACAAGGCUGCACAUUGGACAAUUGGUGAAGGACACGUCAGCGAAGCUUAAACAAGCUAGUGAAAUUGAUCACCAAUCUAAUAUCAAUGCAAACAAGAAGAUAGCAGAUGCUAAACUCGCGAAAGAUUUUCAGGCCGUGUUGAAAGAAUUUCAGAAGGCACAGCGACUUGCGGCAGAGAGGGAAACAGCUUACACCCCAUUUGUUCCACAAGCAGCUCCAUCCAGCUAUACACCUAAUGAAGCAGAUGCUAAUUCUGGUAAGACUCCAGAACAGCGUGCCCUUCUUGUGGAAUCCAGAAGGCAGGAGGUCUUGUUUUUAGAUAAUGAGAUUGCCUUCAAUGAGGCUAUCAUUGAAGAAAGAGAGCAAGGCAUUCAAGAAAUUCAGCAGCAAAUUGGUGAAGUAAAUGAAAUUUUUAAAGAUCUUGCUGUGCUUGUGCAUGAACAGGGAGCUAUGAUUGAUGAUAUUGGGUCCAACAUUGAGCAUUCCCAUGCAGCAACUGCACAAGCAAGAUCGCAACUUGCUAAAGCUUCAAAGACUCAAAGAUCAAAUUCUUCUUUGACAUGCUUGCUUUUGGUGAUAUUUGGAAUUGUGCUUCUAAUCGUCAUCGUUGUUCUGGCUGCUUAGUCAAAGAUUAUCAGUUCUGUUAACGAUCAAUGAUAUAAACUGAGCCAUUGAAGUGCAGCUAGGAUCUUCCAUGCUGAUGAUCUCUCUGAGGUGAUUUCCCCUGAUCUUGUCAAUGACUGGGAUUUCUCUCGUCUGGUUUCAGUUCAUAAUUUGACACAAGUACAUCGUGAUUUUGUCUUUGGGGUUUGUGUUGUUGUCUGUGUUGGUUUUAGUGGUUUUAUGGAUGCAUCACAACGUACUUCUCGUCUAUUUUCUCUUUUUGUUUCCUUAAUAAAAGAAAUAUUAAUUCUUUUGGGUUUUCCUUUACCUGUAAAUGCAGCACCUAUUGCUAAAAUUUUAGCAAUACCUUAAUUCAGUGUAACCUUAUAUAUUGAGUCUCUUUUCACAAAUUUGGAGCUUAGAUUUCUUGUGCUUGGUUUGACUGCUGUAUAUAAGGAAAAUGGAUGUAUUCCUGAGAGUUUAAUUGAUAAUUGGUGUUUAUUUCUCAUUAAUCUUGA